GUUUUUUAUGUCAUAGAAUGUAGAAUGAAUCGUUUAUAAAGAGCAUUAAAGGCUUUUAUGUUCCACGCGGUUUCACACGGUUUCACAUCUUUUCUCUAUCAAUCAACUUUGAGUGAGACUUGCAGUUACAAUCAAUACAUAAUCAAUCAAGACAUCAAUUAUUACUACCUACCACUUUAAGCUUGAAGUUUAAGUAAUCAGUAGUAACAAACCAAACAUACCACUCACAAUGACAUCCCAAUCCAGAAACAUGACAAACCUCAUCACCACAAACUUGCCCUAUUUCAUUCCAACGGGGCCUACAAGCCCACAGCAUGAAAGAGAGGCUGCUCGUGCGAUGAGCCGCACAGAUAGCUGGACGCCGUCCUCUACGCGUAGAUACAGUUAUCACCGAGAAGACCGGAAGCACGUGCUGCAGAUGAGCGGGGUCCUGGAUCUCCAAGAGGGUCCAGGGUUCACCGAGCGAAAGUAAUACAAUACAAUAUUUCACAUGUUGAACCGACCGACCGUUUUUAUUCCCUCUUUUUCCUUCCUCGGCAAACAACAUCUUCUUUGUAAUUCCCCGAAAAAUUUGAACAUUACAAGCGGGAAUUAGGUAAAUAAAACUUCAUUGGGGGGGCAUCUUGGGAUUUCUUUUUUCCAAAAGAAUGCUUUUUUAAUAACAAGGAAAGAAAAAGAAAGGAUGCGGCUUGGCAACAACAGCACAUUUUAGAUUGAGCAAUAUUAAGCAAUAACUUGGGUUCAAGGUCAGGACUCAGGAGUUGGUGGGAUUGGAAAAGGGGGUAAUUGGUGUGUUGGCGAAGCAAAGAAACGCAAGGCAAUCUACCUAAUUUGAUACAUAGGUAGGUAGGUACAAUACAAUACCUAGUAUUUAAGGUACUGUAAUGAAUCUAGGUACUAGGUACA